AUGCGCUGGCUCUCGCUAUCCGCUGAAUACAACUUUGUCGUGCACUACAAGCCGGGCCCGACCAACAUCCUCGCCGACGCGCUGUCGCGUCGGUCAGCCUACGUGCAGUCGGGUCGCCAUGCCAUUGAAGGCAUCACUGCUGUUGAGGUCACAGCGAUAAGUCCGUUUUGCGAGUCGAUUGUGUCCGCGUACGAGGCGGAUGCGUCAUGCUCCGAGAUGAUCAAGUACCUACGAGACCCUUCAGACACGGUACAUCGCCAGUUGUCCCCACGCAGUCGCGCUCGCAUCGACCACUACGCCCUGGACGACAGCCCUGUUGGCCUACGGCGUCGAUCGCCCGGAUUCCCCACGCGUCUUCGUCCCGCUGGAUGA